CGCUCCUUCUGAUUAAGUUUCAAGCGUCUCUUCCUUCAGAGCUGAGCACCGCACGCCAGUCCAGGCACCGGGACAGGAAACAGACGUCGGCUCUGCUCACAAACCCAAUUUAGCAUUACCCUUUAUAAACUGUCCUUUUCAAUUCUUCACUACAUUUAGAGACUUGAUUGUUUUAGCACAUCGUCUCUCCAGUGCCCAGCCCUCGGCCUUCUCCGGGCCUGUCACAGAUCGGCAUGUGGUCCAACUUCUUUGUGCAGCAGGACGAGGAUGGGCGCAUCGGGGUGGCGGGGGCGGGCACAGCGGGGGGAUUGGGGGGUUUGGGGGGUUUGGGGGGGGUAAAGGGCGGCAGGACGCCGAGGCGGGGCCACAAGAUGAGCGACAGCAUGGAGGGAAAGAUCAAACUGGCCUUUUUCGUGGCCAUCAUCGGGGUGACCCUCACGGUGCUGGGCAUGGGCACAGAGUUCUGGGCGGAGCUGUCCCAGCCAAAGACUUUGAGCGGGAACCAGACGUGUCAGAUGGCCCACUACGGCCUGUGGAAGGGCUGCAUCCGUACACUGUGGGUGUCCGACAUCGACCCCGAGAGGACAAGCUGCGGGCCGCCCGAGCUGCCUGGAGAAUCAAACUGCACCUAUUUCAAGUUCUUCACAUCUGGGGAAAACGCGGUCAUCUUUAAGAAGACAACAAACAGAAAUCUGAACCUGGCGGCCGCGGUCCUGGCUCUGCUCAGUCUGACCAUGAUGGUGAUGGGCUCCAUCUGCAUCGGGAUGUCCCUGAGCAAAGGAGUGUCCUUCUUCCUCAAACCAGCCGCGUUCUGCUUCAUCCUCUCAGGGGUGCUGGUCCUGCUCUCAGUUCUCAUCUUCCACCAGUCCGUCUUGGCGUUACUGUCCAGCGAUCACUCCAUCCCCACCAGUCACAAGCUGUCCUGGUCCGUGGCGUGCGUGGGGUCGGCCGGAGCCAUCCUCAUCUUCGCCGGGAUCCUCUUCAUCCUCCUGUCCCUCCCCUACAGCCCCUGGCAAAAGUGUUUCCCUCAUAAAGACAGCGGUGCCACUUAGCGCUCAACAAGUUUAGAUUUUGUAUUGUCUAAAAGUGAGUGAGAACGUGCACAGUAAACAUAUAUAUCCAGCCUCUCUUAAAGCUCCACUGUGUAACCUUUCUGGUCACCUGCUCGUUUCCGUAUAGACGUUAUUGAUUUGCGAGAAACUUAUUGCAUUUUCUUGAUUGCAGAAGUACCUUUAAGAGCCCAUAUUACGGUGUUUUCUGAUCUAUGUUGUAAUAUCGUUUCCUCAUCUCAAACACACCUGCAGAAAACACUUCGUUCCACCUCGUGAUGUCAUCAUGUGCUAAAACAUUGAAGUGCUCCACUGUGUUUUUAAACUCCACACACCUUCACUAGAAUCAUUUGGAUCAUUUCAAACCUGGAAUUGACAACGUUUACUGAAAAAAAGGUUAAAUGUAGCUGAAAACGUGAAACAUUAAUAUGAAAACUACCUAUUCAUGACAUCACAAGGUGGAACGGAGCAUUUUGAGCUUUGGAAAUUGAGACAGACUAAUAAUAAAACGUUACACAAACGUGUGUGAUUGGUCAAAACACAACUCCAGGUCGGUUUUUGAGGAGGUAACUCUAUUAUAACGUGGCUUAAAGCUCAAAAGAAUCAAUUUUGUGUAAUAUGGGACCAGUGGCACCACCGAGUUUAAUGCCAUACUGUGGAACAUUGUUGUCAAAAAGCAAUAACACCUCAAUGGAGACGAGUAGAUUGUCUCUCCACCAGAAAAGUUACACAACGCACUUUUAAAAUGACUUAAAUUCAGGAUAUUCAUCUUGAUUUUUUUACGCAGUUUGGACUAGUUUAGAUUUGACCGUUUUUGGCGUCAAAUUCGACGGUUUCAACACAUUUCUGACGAGAUAAUUUAGCUCGAAAUGGAAGGAAAAUGGAAAUGCCACUGGAAGACGUAACACAUCGAAACCAAAACAUUCUCAAAACGUGAAAUAAGACUAAAAAGCUUGAGUAAUUUGACUUUUUCUCGACUGUGCACUGUCUCAUUCUGCGUUAAAUGUGCCAAGUUCAAACUGUUCUAGGUCUUAAUGGAGUAGCAAUAGAAGAACGUCUCGUACGAAGUGUAUUUCACUCAUUUGAACGGAUCUACUAAUGAUCUACUAUCCUGCCGUUUACUAAUAACAACACACUGCCUAUUCAGGACGAUGUACAUGUAUAUAUUUUGCAAAGGUGCUCAGGAGAAGUCAAUUGAAGUAGGUGGUGUUCACUGACUGUUUUGAAGCUGGCGUAGGUUCAAGAUGGAGGACGGGGGCCUACGGGAGAUUUACGACACGUUAAUAAGUCGUAAUUAACAGAGAAAAUGUCGUAAUUAGAGAUAUUACCCAACGAAAAACCAGAACAAAACGUGAAAUCCUCCCGUAGAUUUCAGAUUUCAGACCCGCUCCUCACCUCAGCAUCGCAGAUUAAGCUAAAGUCAGUUUAAAAACGAACGCCCGACCUGUUCUUUCUACUCGUGGUGGUACAAAAAUGAUGCUUGUUGCUGCUCAUAACAAGGAGGCAGUGACGUGUGUGUGGUACGCUCACUAUUUUAACGGCCCUGCAGCCCUGUGAGCGCCUCUGCUUUCUAAACACUGAGCUAUGUGUUUUAUGACUGAAAUAGAUCUAGGCAUGCUCACUGCUCUUAGCUCUUGCCUCCUGCUUCACACAAAUAUUGAUGUUUGCAGCACCACACUAUGUUUUAUAAACUUUUGACAAGUAAUAGGCCAUUUUGAACUAGUUUUAUUUAUUACUUGUGUGUUAAAGAUGCACUGUGGAACCUUUCUAGUGGAGGUUUUCAGUCCACGAAUCUUUUAUUUACCACUUUUUAUAAUAAACAUGUAGCGCUUUGCAUUAAAUUCUACGCGUUUAUCCAUCUUGAACGGGCUCUUCUGAUGAUUAUUUGCAUGUGAUUGGUCAAGUUACAGGUCAGAUCUGUGGAAAGGAGAGCCUGCGCACAGUAAGAGCGCAUGCAUUUUGAAGUAUUUAUCCUUCUGCAACAAAAACAUCGAACUGAAUCGAUGCAAAAUGGAUGUGUUAAAUGCAAAAGAGACAACACGACAACACCCCCCCCCCCCCCCCCCCCCCCGCCGGAAAAGUUACACAGUGCACCUUUAUUGUGCGAAUGAGUCUUUCUCUUUGAUGAAUGAAAUACCGAUGAAUGAGCCCAUUUUGUAAAGCUUUUGGGGGAACGAACUCGCUUUGUAAUCUCAUCUUUGUACAUAAACGCCGAAAGUGAACAUUUGAUAUCGUUUUGUAGUGUGUCACGAAACUGCUCUGUUUUGC